AUUCUGUAUAGCGAACAUAUGAUAUGGAGCCCUGGUAGUCUUCCAAGUCUUGGUGUUGUCCAGGUUGUGCAAUAUCUAAAAUCAAAAACGUUAAGUCUAACUGUAGUUACUCCAGCACCUCCAGCAAAGAACAUGGCGUCCGCGCAAGGCCUCCUCCCCACCGAUGACGGGUUUGAGUUUUCACGUCCGGAAGUUCUACGGAAACCCCAUCUGAUUACCGUCGAUGUCUGCAUCUGGACCGUGUUGAUUCUCUGUUGGCCGGAUGCGGGAUACUACUCUUCCGAAGCUGCAGAGCCAAUAAUAUUCGGCGUGUUAAGCCUCUGGGGUGCAUUGUCGAUUCUCUUUGUGGCUGUCCCUCUGGUUUAUUUCCGAGCAAACCAUCUAGCGCCGUGUCUCGUCGCGCUCGGCAAGAAUUGCUGCUGCCGCCGCUGGGGAAGCCGCACACUUCGUGCGCGCCCAUGGAUCGAUGCGGACUCGCAGCGGGAUGCCGCCGUGGCACGUAAGUGUUGUACAACUUGCUUCCUCGUUUAGAAGUGCUAAAAUGGAUGUCACGGUCAUCUAAGCUUGCUAAAACAAAAACAAAGCGGCUCGUGGAAGCAAGCCACAAUUGAAGCAUGCAGUAGUCAUGAGCCCUCAUCUGCUAUGCUUGUCAGUGACACGCAACCUAUCACGCUCCUUUACCUUUAUUAGGUUUCUUCAUCGACCCCUCGGGAUCGCACUCUCCCGCCCUGGACGAAGACGACCGCAAGUUGCCCAUUUCAGUGCGGUAUGAAAUGCAAAAAUGUCUGGGUCUGGAAGAAUGCAAGAUUUGUGAUGCAGGUUUUCCAUGACCCAUGAGGUCUGGAAUGCGAGACCCAGCAUGACAAAUUCUUUGAGGUCUCUAUCAUGCCUUUCCUGCAUGAGAAACUCCCUCUCAACUUGGUCAAAAGCGGACAGCUUUUGGCACUCACGCAACACAGAUUUUUGCAUCAUUUAGAUUUAGCAUGACAAGUUCAAAUCUUCCAGACCCAGACAUUUUUGCAUCUGAUAUGCGGCGGAUACCGCUGAACGAUACGGACUCUCUGUACAUCGUCGGCACCAUGCACAUCAGCGCGGCCAGUGCCCGCGACGCCUGGUUGACGUGUGUGCGGAAGCGCCCGCGCCUCGUGAUGAUUGAGUUGGACACCCAGAGGCUCCGCGACCUGCGUCGGGAGGAGCGGCGAAUUGAGGCUACUUUUGUGUUCUCAGGCCGCGGCGGUGCGCGAGGGUCGCCUUCGGAAAAGAAAACUGCAGGAACGGGCGGACGCCACGACAAGUUGCAACUCGAGCAAAUGAUGUCACAGGAAAUGAGCGAGAGUGGCACAACAAAAGCCACAGGUCUUUCCUUUCAGGAGGAUGUGGCCAGCGUAGUGACUGUAUCAACUACAAGUACAACCACGUCGGGCCAUGGUGCAAUAAAUGCACCGCUUGCAGCUUCAUCGAUCUCUGCUCGGACUCCAGAGCCUGGUGGCGGCGACGCAGACGAUGACGCUAGUGACGACGAGGGACUCGUGCUUGGCGACGGCGCCAUCGAUAGUCCUACCAUCAACGCGGCAAACACCCUAAGUGACCCAAGUGUCGUGUUAUUGAACAGCAGACCCGAAUCAUCUUCAUCUUCUCUGCCAACCGACGCCACAGCCGCUUCGUCUUCGCUGGAUCAUCUCGAGACUGCAAGCGUUUGCUCGCAGCGGUCCUACGAGUCGUUUUCCGCCACGAACAGCGACGACUCAGACACUUCGAUCGAUCGGAAGCUGAAGACUUUCAGUCGCCAGGAACGCCUGAACGGCCGGGGGGUGCACUCCGCGUGGAACUUCUACUCGCCGAAGUUGCAGACCUCUACGGUGCUACCUUUGAUCCGCGACGUGCACCACCCGGAGGGGUCGCUCGAGUCCGGCCUGAACUGCGCAAACUGUGCGCUCGUUCUGCAGCGGUCCCGGCAAGUGAGUUUUCUGCAGCAAGCCUUCAUCGCGGAGCAGCUGCAGGCCCGGAUGCUGUUGGUGACGGAUUUUCCUGAGUGCGACGGCACGAUUGGGUCCAGCACCGCCGGUUUGAUGCACAUCGGCGGGGUGUUGGAGCGGUGGCGGGCCUAUCGCCGGUUCGGCACGCUGCGGAUGCCACGAAUACCCGCCUUUCUGUUUCAAAAUAGACAAGAUCCAUCUUCUCCAGCAGCACAUGGUGUUCAAGGAGGUGCAGCGCAGGCAAAACAAACGAUAGACAGUAGACCACGCCGAGCGCAAGGUGGAUCAGCAUCCUCUUUUUUCCCGUUAAGCAAUAAAGUGCAGGAUAGAGCGGGGGAAGUUGUUCCAAGUCGGGCUGAUUCUGCAACGCCAGGAGCGGCUCCAGCAAGGGCACCAGAACAAGCACAGCAGUCGUAUGCACACGUGUACCAGGGGCUGUGCGAGGGACGUUUUGCAACUGUGCGCCUCGCGAAGGCCUACAGUCCGGAGCGCCUGCCGCACGCGUUGGAGUUUCGGCAGACGUGCUGUCGAGCGUGUGUGCUUCUGUCCUCCGGGAUCGGUGUACUCUACGGCGUGAUGCAGUGGGCGGGGGUGCUGGCGGGCGCAGAGUUCCUUGCUGCGGACGAGUAUUGUCGGAUGUGCAAAUUUUCGCCGACCUGUGUCGACGUAAACGACCACUCCUUGGGGAAAGCGUUGCUGCACCAUGCCAAGCCCACGCCGAGGCACUUGUUCUACAACUUUCUCAUGUGGCUUUCGCUGCCGCGGUUCUUCUGGCGCAGCUUCGUCUACUCCGACCAGCGCCGGCCCGACGUCAUUGGGAUUUCCUUUCGGGCGCUAGCUUUCCUGCCGGCGAAGACCUGCCUGGCGUUUCUGGUGCAAGAACACAUGAUCGUUGAAUAUUUAUAGUUUUUAAGCUGGAUUUACCUUUCGUCUCGUACCACCAGGGCUCCGGCCGGAGUCAACGUGGUGCUACUUAGUGAGCUCAGGCUUCUUGCGGUUCAACACAGGACUUGCUCUAGUCUCUUCCUUCGAAAUGGAAAACGAAAAAUAAAAUCAUUCAGGUUGCCACCAUUUCUGCGAGCGUCAUUUUGUCCUGCGUGAUUCUACUGCCAAUUUUUCUUCUCGUCGCACUCGUUCAUUGGCUUAUUCGGCUUCUGAAGCGAUCGCGCGCGCUGCUUUGUGUACACGCGGCAGCCAACGGCCAGAGCGUUCUCCACGAAGGUCGGUCCCUGAUCAGCCGAGCGACACCAGCCACGUCUCAGCGCAGAUUUGGAGUUGCAUCAACAUCAUCUCCAGUUUCAGAAUCAGCAAUCGUAACUGCUGCAGCUGCUGCGCAACAAGUAGAGGAAAAUAGACUCGGCUACCCGCAGGACAAGCAAAUAACGCAAUCGGUCAGGAUAGUUGCCGCUCCAGCAACCCCAUUGAGCAGCGAUUCUACAAUAAGUACGCCAGCACCUACUUCUGCGCAAGAAACUUCUAUCUCUUUGUCAAAUUUUGCAACGAGCUAUUUUGGUCAGCCGGUCGUCUGGAGCAAGUCUUGGCAGCUGGGUUCCUUGGAAGAAGUGCUGUCGUGUGCACGAGGACCAUCGGACAGAGCAGGGGACAGCACGGAGCUCCUGGUCCGCCAUCAAAGGGAAAGUCAGAACCUCAGAGACGAUGAUAACGCCGACACAACUUUGUCCCUAGUCACGGAGUUCAUCCUCUUUCUCCUCCUGCUCAACCUGCUACCGGUCAUUCAACGGGGGCUUCUCAUGGAUCGCGACGAGGCGAUGUUUCUCGAGGUGCGGAAGCAUCUGCAGACCAACAAGGGACGAGGAAACAGCGUCCUAGUCAUCGGCGCAGCACACAUGCCCGGCCUAAUGGAGCGGAUGCGACUCCGCGGCAUCGACGAGUGAGCAGCACGGAGACGGAAAAUUACUUAAUUGCCUGCAGCACAGCAGUCUAUUGAUGUCCCUGGUGUCCUCGGUGUUCUUGUUUGUGCCAUGCCAUGCUUGCUGGUGGUGUCACUGUCAGGAGCCUCGACGACGACCAUGUAGCUUUCCGACGUGUCAUAUAAAAGGCUUCGGCUUAUUAAUUGGCCAGCACUACCUCCUCGUCCACGUGCACAGAUCAAGACGACCGCAUGGCCGCACUUCCGUUUCGAACUCCGUUUUCUGCGUUUCCUCACACAAUGAAAGAAAUCAGAUAAUCAAGCACUGCAGCAUGAUAUUCUUCUAAUCCUCAUCCUCUUCUUUCCCCCAUAACGACGAAACCCUAGAUUAGACUUAUUGCCUAUUCGCGAGUGUGGAAAAAUACAUGCCUGAGACAAAAAUAAUGAAACCGGAAAGCAAUUGCAACACGAGUGACUUGCAGGUCGCGCAUUUUGUCUGGCGUAUAUUUGGUUCACCACAAAACUGCGACACUGCGCGAUGCGCUCACGACGGCCGCCGCCGAAUUCAUUGAGUCCUUGUUCCGGCACGUGCUUUCUCUUUCUUCAUUAGGCUGUCGCGGAAAUCAC